AUGGAGAAGGAACCUAAGAACAACAACAAUGGCGUCGAGAACAAGAACAAGAAAAAUGACGGGGGUGAGAAGAAGAAGGAGGGUGGCCCCAUCGCCUCUAAGAUUGUCAAAUGGGUCAAAUCUUUUCAAGGCGAUGAGUCGGUGAAAUCUGAGGGCCAAGCGAACAAGCUGAUGGUGGUCGGAAAAGUGCACCCCACAAAGCUGAGAGACGAGCUGGCUGCCGAGACCAAGAAUAAGGUCGACCUCGUCUCUCCCCAGCCCAAAAAGGACAACAAAGUCAACAAAGACGAUGCCAACGACACCAAGAAAAAGCAGCCUGAGAAAACAGACAACGACGAAAAACCCAAAGAGUCUCCGUUGGCGACAGUUUUUAAGCUCGACUGUCUCUGCGAUAAAUGCAACGCGACGCUUGUGGACGUUUCAGCAGCUACCACAGGGUGUGAUUCGAUAGUACUGGAUCAGAAGAAGAAAUUAAUGACAGUGAGGGGUUCAAUGGACGUGCAGACAUUGGCUGAGCGUUUGAGGGAGAAGCUCAAGAAGCCUGUGGAAAUUGUGCGGCCAAAGAAGAAAAAUGGAGGCAACGAAGGCAACGACGGCAAUAACGACAGCAACGACAGCAAUGACGGCAAUGGUGGUGGCGAUGGAGAUGAGAAGAAAAAGGAGGAAGACGAGGGCAAUGGUGGUGGCAAAAUGAAGUAUCCAGAGGGUCAGUCCGGGUUUGGACAAUUUUCAUCUAGAAAGGUAUACCGUCAUGGAUAUGGUUAUCAAAAUGGGGCACUCGAAACGGGGGAAAAAAUGUUGUUACUGUGCUGUGAGGUCUUUGGCUUACUAGUGAUUUACAACCUAUUGGCCAAGGACAUUUACACUAAUGUCACACAUCAUUUACUCUACAUUUGA